AUGGCAGAGAGAGCAAUAAAGCUGGUGAAGAAACUAGAAAAUGAGGCUUAUGAAGAGCGUCUGAGGGAACUGAGGCUGUUUAGUUUGGAGAAGAGGAAUCCGAGGGGAAACCUCAUUGGUCUCCACAACUACCUGAAAGGAGGUUGUAGUGCGAAGGGUGCCAGUCUCUUUUCUCAGAUUGCAAGGCGUUCGCCGCGGGGCCGCUGCGUGAGGCAGGACCGGGGCUGCCCGGUACCGGCCCCACCGCAGAGCACGGCCAGGCCCCGGAGCCAAGAUGGCGGCGCUUCACCUCGGGGGCAGCCUGGAGAAGGGAGGGCAAACGCCGCGGUGCGAGGGGCAGCCCUGCACAGACAGAAAGGGGAAAGGAGGAGGGUAGGAGAUGCCCCAGGCGCCGGAGCAGAGGUUGUCCUACAGCCCUGUAGAAGGACCUGCAGAAGCAGGUAUUUUUCUGCAGCCUGGGUAGAGGACUACGUGGAGCAGGUAUCCAUGCUGCAGGCCGUGGAGGACCCCACGCAGGAGCAGGGAAACAAGGAAACAAGAGUAACAAUCACAGGUCUAGGACGGGAAGUGGAGAAAUGCCUUCAUUGGUCAAAGUUGGAUUUAAGUAUUUUAAGAAAGUAAACUACUUACUUAAUAGAGAAGAUUGUGGCUGGUUCUUGAAAUUAAUUCAGCUUUCAGCGCUCAUUGAGGCAAGAGUUUAAUAAGUUCAGUUCCCCGUGGGAAGAGUUUGUAUCAUGAGAAAUCCAGCACUGUAGCAGAGCCCAUUGUAAACCAGAGGCUUCACCAUGAAGUACUUCCUUUUUGAAAAAGAGAUUAAAAAUGUCAGCAUAAAUGUACUGCAAAGGUAUGUAAUUUCUCUGACCAACUGCAAGUAAUAGUUUGCUACGAUGGCUUACAGUUCAUAGAAUGCUAGUUUCCGUUCAUUCUAAAAGGGAGUGACUACUGUAAUAAUAAUUUCUGGAAGGAUGACACAGCAAUGUAGAAAAAACAUCUUGUACUGUUUGCCCUGUAGAUUGGAGAA